AUCAGACACCAUUAUUAACCCUCACUGUUACCUUGGUAGCAGCCAACUUCAUGGUGGCUCCAGGGCCGGGUACCAACCCCACGCGACCCAGCCGUCCACAGGUGGAGAGGGGGAAGGGCUGAGAUAUGGACUACCGCUCCCGAGGGGCAAUGCUGCCGGCUCUCUGCGUUGGGCUCGGGCCGGUGGCGUGGUGCCUUCUGGGAUUCGUAGUCCACAGGCAACCAAGGGGCCCACUUUACACCCAGUUGCCAAAGCAGCCCAACAAUUUGGACAAAGUUUGGACACAGCCACAACUGGUGCAGACACUUCUUCGGCCCCGCCCGGCCCCACCGAGAAGGGUCAGAGGAGCCUUGGCUGCUACUUGGUGUGAGGAGGCUUCGACCCGCCUCCUCACUUCGUCUGGACAGAGGAAGGGACGCAUGUCAAUCACCAUCCCAAACACCGCCAGGCGGUGCGCGCUCCCCUCCCCCCGGCUGCCGCUGAGGGGGAGGCGCGGGCACACGAUCUUCUGGUGGCGCGCGCUCGUAUGUAAAUGAGCGGGCGUGAGGUCAGAGGCAGAUGAAAAAGGAAACAGACAGAAUGGCCGCCGCGGGUCCCGCUCCUCCUGCUGCUGCCGUCUCCUCCUCCCCUCAGUGCCGGAGCCCUCGCUGCACGGCGGAGCGCAGGGGAGUCCGCCGCGAACUCGACUCCUGGCGGCACCGCCUCAUGCACUGUGUGGGUUUUGAAAGUAUUUUAGAAGGGCUUUAUGGACCAAGGCUACGAAGAGACCUCAGUUUAUUUGAAGACUGUGAGCCAGAAGAACUGACUGAUUGGUCAAUGGAUGAAAAAUGUUCCUUUUGUAACUUACACAAAGAAACAGUCAGUGAUCGUACCCCAAUUAUUGGUUCUUCACAGUCAACACCAAGAGAGGAACUGUCAUCUCAGGGCCAGUCCAACACUGAUAAGAUUGAAUGCCAAGCAGAAAAUUACCUAAAUGCACUCUUUCGAAAGAAAGAUCUUCCUCAGAACUGUGAUCCUAACAUUCCCCUAGUUGCUCAGGAAUUAAUGAAAAAGAUGAUCCGUCAGUUUGCAAUUGAAUACAUUUCAAAAAGUAGCAAAAUUCAAGAGAAUAGAAAUGGUUCAUCAUUUGAACCAAGUCUGAUAUGUAAAAAUAUCCAAAUGAACCAAACGGAAAACUCCCUUCAGGAAGAACAGGAUAGCCCUCUAGACCUCACUGUGAAUAGAACUCAAGAACAGAAAACUCAGCAAGGGGAUGGAGUGCUAGAUCUCUCUACAAAGAAAAGCUCAAGACUGGAAGAGUCAACAUAUGAUCCAUUAUCAUCUGAAAAUUCAUUGUCUGGUUCAAGUUCAACAGCUGGUGCAAAAUCAGAGGAAGCAACUAAAUUGGAAAAAGGAAAAUCAGCACUAAACAAGGUUUUGGAAUCUUUGUGCUCUUACCACUGGCAGCAGAUUUUGGCUAUUUUGAAAUUUUUAAUCCAGGAUAAAAAUGUUCCUUCACUUUGCAGUUGCCUGCAACCUCAUAUUAUCCAUUCAAAAACUCAGAACUCCCUCAUUGAAGAUGAAAACCAUGUUUUAUUUUGUAGUUGUGAUGGACAUAUGCUGACAAAAAGGUUCUGCUUACAAAAUCAAAAUCCAAACUCUUGUUUACCAGCUCUGUGUGUUUGUAUUAAAGAUUUGCACUGUUUGCCAUGUCAGACUGUAGCUACUGGAUGUAUUAAGACAGUAGUGAAUAAAAGGAUUGCUAACAGCUGUAAUCCUCAUAGGUGCUAUACAAGACAACUACAAAACUGUAACAAGUACCCUGUGACAGCAGCAACUUAUACAUCUUUUUCUUCAACUGAAGACAAUGAUUUGUCAAACAGCAUUAAAAGUUCUAGUAGAUCUCGCAGCCCAUCACCCCCUCCAUUAUCACCUGCACAAAAUAAUGAAAUUGAAACAUUGGAAGGAUCACCUAUAGAUUUUCCAGCUUUAGACAACAACAAAUUUGAAAUAACUAUUAAUCAACCUCCAUCUCUCUUGCCAGCAGAAGGAAGCAAUGGAUGGUUUGAAGAUGAAGGUAAACUAUGCAAAGGAAAAGGGUUUGGUUACUCAAAUGAAACUUGGCCGUCAACAGAUCAAGAGAGCAGCAAAUGUGUUAUAAAUUCUGAAAAGUUUGAAAAAGGUGAAAGUUCUGCCAUUUUUCAAGAUUUAAUGGAUCGUAUUAAUGAAAAAUUAAAAUCAAUAGAAACUACAGAUAUAACAAACAAUCUUGUAAAAUGGUCUGACAGUGACAGGGCACCAGAAAAUGAUAAUGUAAAAUUGGGGGACUUCAUAACAUCUCUCUUGCACGAUGUCAAGGCAAGUGAUUACACUUUUAUGGAGUUACUGAGCCAACAUGAUAAGCAAGUGGAAAAUAAAAUUAUCCAAACCAGAUUUCGCAAACGUCAGGAAACUUUAUUCGCAAUGUAUAAUUCUCCUGAUUCACCACUGAUUAGACGACAGUCUUUGCAAAUCAAGAGGGAACUUGCAAGUCUUGAUGAAACUUUUAUAAGGAAAAAGUCAACUUUAGAGAGAAAUGCAAAGAAGUCUACAAAAAAUUACGGCAAAAUGUCCACAAACAAAGGAGACAGUUAUAACAUGUUAGAAGACAAAGCUUUACAAAAUACUGACAAUAAUCUAGGUUUGAGAUGUCAAGCUAAAUCCAUGUCUUUGCCAGUGUGUCAAGCAGAAUCAAUGGGACUACCUCUGAAUAAUUUUGAAACUAACUCUAGUUUUGUGGCAUUUUCAGACCAGACUAACUUUGCAAAAACACAAGAUUAUGCAAUUAAAAAAGAGAUUGAUCAGAGCCCUUUGAAGGGGAAAUAUAAUGGAAUCUUGGGCAGAACUAAACGUAACAUUGUGCCUCCUGGAUGGUACUCUGUAUAUGUAACAAAUGACUUUUUAUGUAGAAAAUCCUCCAAAGCAAAAAAACCUCCUGAAAAUUUGGAAAGAGAGAAUAUAGUUCAAGAUCUUCAAGCUGAAAGAUCUAUUGAUGUAAAUAAGAUUGUAAGGAACACAAAUCUACAGGUUGUUGUGGAACGCUUGGAAGAUACAAUAAACUUAGCCAAAAAGACUAAAAGUCCAUUGUUGGAUAGUUAUAAAAUAUCCCGUACAUAUGAGCGUGAUACAAACCAAACUGCUAGGAGAGGCCCACAUUUUAACAUGGGUGAAAAAGGAGGUGCAGGACAAAGUUUCCUCCCCCAGUCUCACUUGUCAUGCAGCAAUGCAUGCAAAACAGAUUGUGUGCCUACAAGAGAAUACCAAGAAGUUCUAGAUCAAGGACUUGGUAACAAUCCUUUGAAAUCUUCAGCCUCUGAUUCAGGCAGAUUGAUUUCCAGUAAUGGGGAUGUACAAACAAGAUCUGAAGUUGGGGAGAGUGUGUCUUUCCUAGGUUAUUCUAGCCCAAUAAAACUUAUGUUUGUCUCAGAGGUUAAUAGUAGUGAAGGAGUGAAAUAUACUUUAACUGCUGCCAGUGCAUCUUCUACAGCAAAUACUGAUCUUUGUUUAUUUCAGAAGUAUCCAGACACAAUAUCAGGAAAAAAAUCUAAGACAAGUGAUCUUGUUCAUGAAAUCUGCAUUGGAGACUCUGGAUAUAAUUGUAAUGAAAGUGACAGUACAGAGGAAUCAAAUUCUGUUAAUGUUGAGACAAUUGCAGAUACUUGUGCAGCAGAUGAAACUGACUUAAAUUAUUUUAAGCAAAGUGAAGAAUCUGUGGAAAAAUCAAGUAGUGGCAAUGAAUCUGUUUUAAAAAGAAAACCUGGUAGGCCUAAAAAAAUAGGGCCUCAGAUUGUAAAACAGGUUAAGCGACCAAUUGGACGACCUCCAAAGCCUAAAAUAGACACAGCUGAAAAUAGUGACCAUAGAUGUGAACCAACCAGUAUUGGGAAAACCACCAAAUCUGAUGUAACGGUAAUGAAAGAAGUUAUCAGUAACAAGAAUAUUACUGUGACGGUUAUUUUUGGAAGGUCAAGAAGAACUAAAAGGCAUGUUUCUGAAGGUAAUAUAAAUAUAAUUAAUGCUAUGCCUACACAACAUGAUUCCAAUUUUACAAAUGAUUCUAGUGAACUAAGGCAAAAUACAGAAACUGAAAGUGGUUUUGCAGAAAUAGUAAAAGUCUUACAGAAUUCUGCUUCUGAAAAUGAAGUCUCUGGGUCUGGUUAUGAGUAUAUUAGACCUAUCAAGAAUAAUCCACUGUUACCGCACCUUUACAGCAAUAUCAUACAACCAAAUCAGAAGCCUUUAACUAUCACUAGAAAGCCUGGUAGACCAGCAAAAGUAAAAAUCUCUGGCAUAUCAGUGACUGUUAAUAGAGCUUCACCUCAGGAAAGAAAAGUAUGUAUUAGCGGCUGCCUGCCUCCAUUGCAGCAACAGCAUAUGUUAGAAAAAAAUAUAUCACAAGAGAAGAAUAAUCAACCAUGCAGUAAGAUGAAUGAAAUAAAGAGCAUUCAGAAUGACACUACCAAGGAUGCAUCUGUGAUUACUACUACAGAAUCAAGAAAACAUGAAAUUCCUUUGAGGCAUUCUGUUAGAGACAGAAGACCAUCACUGCAUUUCUUGCAUUCAUUAGCAUCUUCUAGCACAUUUACUUGUAGAAGUGCCUUGCUACGUAAAUCGUAUAAGCUCCAUUUGAAAAAAGCUAAGGAUCAAAAGGAAAAACGUAUGCAAUCAAAUCUGAGGCUAGCAUCCAAGGAUACCUCAGAAACCAAAAAUUCAGGGAGUGAAGAAAAGGGUUCUGAGGUAAAUGAAUUUAGGUCCGUUAAUGAAAUAUCACUGGAUCCCAUUUUUUCAUCAAAUCCUUCUCUCAGGUGGUGGGCUACCUCCACUUCACGUGAUACCUUGUUGGAAGAACUAAAUAAUAGAUUUGAACAGAUAACUAAUACCUGGUUGCAAGUGGGUGGAAAUGAAUUUGAAAAGUGUUUAUAUGAAAAAAGCAAUCAUGUUGAACAAGAUUGUAGCAUUAAAGUGUCAAGACCUUUAGAUACCUGCCUUGUAGAACUUGAAGCAUCACCUAUAAAAAUGCUUUUUCAGAAGAAGUGUAAUAUAAAUGAACUUAGUACUUGGUUUAUGCAAACAACAGAAACGCAGUCCCUCUCUCUAGUGAGAAAGGCAAAUGCUCGCAAUCCUUUGGAAGUAAUUAGUACUAGAGAGAUUAAGAUGGGAAGUAAACAAUCUGAUCUUAAUACUAGUCCUUUUAGAAAGCACUUUAAAAAGUUUGCACUAUCCUCUCCUUCAGAACCAGCUGGGAAUUUACAAAUAUUGCAUAAAAUGGUCCAGGCUCCAAUUUUAAAUAUGAAAAGUAAUUUCACGCUAGCCAGAUUAAGAAGAACUGAAUUUAAGAAGUUACAACACGACGGGUGGAGACAAGUGAAAAAAAUGUAUAACCAUGGAACGGGUGACUGGAAAUCUAAAAGGCGAAAUUUAAGAUUUUUCUGCCAAAGCCAAUUUUUUAAAAAUUCAAGUGGGAAAAUCAGUGAUAUAGUACCCACGCACCAAGGAAAAAGUACAGUAAAAACCCAGCCCAGUGAAAUCUUAGAAUCUCACAAUAGAAUCUUGCCAACAGGAACUGAAGUCAAAGAUGCAUUUCUUCCACAGACAAUAGAAUUGUCUGACUUCAGCACACAUCCUGGUUUAACAAAUAUUUUUAAAUCACAUUCAGAGAUCAAUGGAACAAGUUAUAAUCAAAAAAAUGUUGGAAAAUCACAGAACCAACUUAAAAUGAGUCAAAGUACAUGGAGAGCCAAAACCUUUAAAGAUUGUAGAAUAUUUCUGAGAAAACUGAACCAUAUAGAACAGCAUAAAUCGUUCAAGUUAAAUACCAUCAUUUACUCUCCAGAAGCUGUUGAAAGUAGAAGCCCUGAAGAAAAAAGGCAUUGUGCUUUAAAGUCCUAUUCUGCAAGGCAGGAUGCAUUAAAGAUCAAAGAAAAGGAUGUGGAGACAUGUAAGGGAACUAAUCCUUCCAAAAUGACUGCAAUGCUGGAUGACCAAUUAGACAGCAAAAAAUCAAGCACGUGCAUAAACAGUGAGAGCCCUGCUGCUAGUUCUGAAGUUCUUAACAAAAUAAACAUAAGAAAAAGACCACAAUGGGAGACCACUGAUAUGAAUGUAAGAAAAAGGCAUAAGAGACAAUCAGGCAAUACUGGACAAAUGGCGAAUUGUUACUCAAAAUACCAACUAGGUCCAACAGUUGAAACUCAUCUGACUUACCCAGCUGAAUUCAGCUACAUCUGUGCUUUACCACAAAACCCAUCUUAGUUCUGCACACUAUCCUGAGAUUCAGUGCCUUGCAAUAGUUUGUCUGAUAUGAGAGGCAGAGAUGCCUUGAGGUGACUCCAGAAAUCUCUUCAGUAGCAAGAGACUUAAGUCUUUUGUGCACAUUAAAAAUCCACCCGUUUAAUUUAAAAGGGUUUUAAAACUAAAUUAAACCAGUUCAAAACCCUGCAUAGAUGCUCUUAUUUUGGUUUGAGGGGGUUGUUUCAGUUUGCUUAAGCUCCUUCUAAUCAACUUAAAUUUAAUCUAUAUAAAGGCAAGUUAAUAUUGAUUUUACUGUGUCCGCACACCCUUCUGCAUUAGUUUAACUAAGGGCUUGUCUACAUGGCAAGUUACUAUGCAGCAAUCCAGGGUGUGAGUCUAUAGUGAACCUGCUUCCUGUGCAAUAAUGUUUUAUAUGGACACUGCUACAGCAUAGUGGAAGUCCUAGAGUGCAGCUCAGCACAUCUACUGCUUCAAAGCUGAUGCUCUGAGAUGGACACCUGGGCUUGCUGCACAGUAACUCCCUAUGCAGAUGAGCCCUAAAUCAUUUAUGAAUCACACUUUUAGUUACGCUGGUGCAAAUUUGCAUGUAAAGAGCCCUUCGUACUCCUGGGCCCAUUACUGAAUUAGUGUAUUCAAAUCUUACACAUUUUUCCAUUCAAUUCUGUGCAGAAAAUAUGGGGGUGGAGGAAGUUGACAACCACUAUCACUUUGCAGCUCCAUGCAUAAAGUUAUUUAACAUUCCCUAUGUGAUGUGAUCUCUAUAUUUCACAUUGUAAUGUGUGUAAAUAUGUAUUCAUACAAUACAUAUGUUGUCAUAUGUGAUUGUUCCUUCCAUGGACUCUGUCACCUACAGACUGUUAGUCAGAGUGCUGUUUUCACAUAUACCCAGAGAAUAUAGUCGACUUCUUACCAGCACAGUCUGUAUUUAGGCUUUUAAAUUUCAUAACUGCUCAGUGCCCAUUGACCUCACUUUUGAAAAUCAAAUCACUUAUUUAGUAUACUAAUAAAGCUUUAGGAGACUUACCUUCCAAUAUGUGUGUUAAAAUCCUGGCAGUAUUUGUUUUGCUGUUUAUCUGUGGAAAAUUCCGGGAAUAUGUUGGUGAUUUGCUAUCACUUUUCUCUAGAAAAUUCCUGACCCAGGGUAGUCUUCCCUUGUCUCUGAGGCCUGCUUCUGACUCUGCAUCUCUGUCUUUUGUCACUGCUAUUUGUAUAAGAAGUGUACUUAUGGACACAGAAGUUUCAGCCAAUGGAAUGGUUGAUUUUCAAC